AGUUAACUUUUAUCGUACAGAGUUGACAGGAUAAAUUUUAAACAACAAGAUGGUUAAAAGAAUAUGUGUCAUAGGUGCAGGACCUUCAGGAAUGUCAACGUUGUUCCACUUCGCAAAAUUAGAACCAAUGCCGGAGGUUGUCUGUUACGAGAAACAAAGCACAUGGGGAGGACUUUGGAAUUUCUCGUGGAGAACAGGCGUGGAUGAACAUGGAGAACCAUGCCAUAACAGCAUGUACAAAAAUAUGUGGAGCAACACACUAAAAGAGGAAUAUCCAGAUUACACUUUCGAGAAGCAUUUUGGAAAAAAACACACCUACCUUUCCGCCACGCUCCGCUGUAAGAGACUAUUUGGAAGUCAUAUAAACGACGUUCAGUGAACCCAUGGUCACGUGACUGAGAUACAUGAUAAAAACGAUGAUAUUGCGUAGGUAGACGUCAGCAGGUACCUACCUUCACUUUUAUUUUACCCAGCAGCUUCUACACGAACUUUGAGCUUAAAAAUCAUCAACAGACAUUCUUCUUUACAUUAAAGUAUCAAUACAGCUUAUAUCUGGCAUGGAAAUGACCUUUACUAGGCAGGAAAAUGGCACUAUAUACUGAUAUGAACUGCUUUUGGUAUGACCACAGAGGCAUAAUCGGCGAAUUACUAUCUUCGUUUGAAUACUUUCUCACGAAUCUCCACGUUCUUUUGAGUAGUGAAUAGUUUCGUUGUAACUCGCUUUGACUUAUUUCAUAUUAACGUCUUAUUGGCUAUCAUCUGCAUACUUAUUUUAAAAAGUUCAAUAUUUACAAAAAGUACGUGUGUAUUAGCAAUGACUUCAAUUUUAACGCUCCAGUGGUUUUUGCAAUAACCUUAAAACAUUGUACGAGAAAAUUGAUUGCAAUGAAAUUGUCAGCUAAAAAGUUUCAGAAAAGUGUACUUAUAAUGCACAUUAAUAUUUUUCCACAUUUUUAUAAAUUAUAGUUGGCACUGCUUAAACCUUGUUCAUUACAUACAUUUUUAUAAAAUUUUCAAUGUUUACAUGUUUUACAUGCAACAUUG